UCAUAAUCUUGCGAGAUAGCCACCCCGUUGGACGAUGUACGGUAUUCCUGAUCGGGAGAGGCAAGUCUGAGUCAUCCUCCAUCAAUCCAUCACGUGUUGCAGCAUAUGUCCUCCUGUCCUCUCGAAGUCUCCAAACUUCCAUCCGUCAAGAUCCUCACGCUGCAACUACCGAUCUGAUCAGCCAACACUCGUACGAUCUAUACCUCAAUACCAUACCAAGGAGAUCCUCGGCCAGCAGGUCGGCUUGCCGAACUCGUAGCCGAACGGAUAAACGGGAUUCUUAGUGCGAUCCACAGCGGAGCGACGGGUUGGCCUCCAUGCGAAUCACAGCCAAUGGGUGGCGUCGUGGUCUGAUCCCUCUCCAGGCUUUCUCUGUCAUCAUUACACAAACGUCUGAGUUGCUUCGACAAAUUUUUCGGUCGCAGGGGCCAAUCUGACCAGAUGGAUUCGAUUAAAACCGAAGCCUGUCGCCAUCGCCUGGCGCAGACCCAACUGGCAAUGUCCUGCUUGACUCUUGCACCAACUCCAACACCUCGUGGGAAUGGCGUCCAGAGAUGCGGCCGCUGAAGCUCCUCGCGCCCACCGAAUCCCCCACUGGCGUCUCCUCCUCGACCAGGGCGUUGUGACCUCCGAAAUUAUCGAGUAUCCCUACGUGGGCGCCGGCACCAAUGAUGACCCGUUUAUCGUGGAAUGGAUCCCCAACGACCCGCGCAACCCUAUGCUCUUCGACAAGAACCUGAAAUGGGCCUACACCAUCACUGUCGCCUUUGCCACUUUCGGCGUCUCCCUCGCGUCUUCUGCGUAUGCCGGCAGCAUCGAGGAGGUCCUCAAGUCUUUCGGUAUCGGCCAGGAGCUGGCCACGCUGGGCGUGUCCCUGUUCGUGCUGGGCUUUGCCGUCGGGCCGCUGGUCUGGGCGCCGCUGAGUGAGCUCAUCGGGCGGCAGAUCAUCAUGUUCAUUUCGUACUUUGCCCUGGCGGCUUUCUGCGCGGGGGCCGCCGGUGCGCAAAACAGCUGGUCGUUGAUCAUCCUGCGCUUCUUUGCGGGGUCUUUUGGCUCGUCGCCCCUGACCAAUGCAGGUGGCGUCAUUGCCGAUAUCUUCCCGGCUGAUCAGCGCGGUUUAGCAACCAGCCUGUUCGCCGGCGCUCCUUUCCUCGGACCAACCCUCGGUCCCGUCAUCGGCGGAUUCCUCGGCGAAAACGCCGGCUGGCGCUGGGUGCAAGGCUUCCUGGCGACCUUCACCGGGCUCAUCUGGAUCGUGACCAUCUUCCUCGUCCCCGAAACCUACGCGCCCGUCCUCCUGCGCAAACGCGCCGAUAAACUCACUCAACUCAGCGGCGGCCAGCACAUCUACCGCAGCAAGCUGGAUCUCGAGCGCGGCCGCGUCUCCGUCGCCACGGCCUUCGGCUCCUCCCUCCUCCGCCCCUGGAUCCUCCUCUUCGCCGAGCCCAUCGUCCUGCUGCUCUCCAUCUACAUGGCCAUCAUCUAUGGCACGCUCUACAUGCUCUUCGACGCCUUCCCUAUCGUCUUCCAGAACAUCCGCGGCUGGAGCCAAGGCAUCGGCUCGCUGCCCUUCCUCGGCGUCAUGACGGGCAUGAUGAUCGCCGUCGGCUGCAACAUGUACGACAACAAACGGUACGUGCGCGAACACCGCAAACACCGGGGUUUCGCGCCCCCGGAAGCCCGCCUCCCACCCACGAUGGUCGGCGCCGUAGCCAUCCCAAUCGGCCUGUUCUGGUUCGCAUGGACCAACGGCCCGAACGUCCACUGGAUCGUAUCGAUCAUCGCCUCCGCGCCCUUUGGCUUCGGCAUGGUCCUCGUCUUCCUCGGAAUCAUGGUGUACCUGAUCGACGCAUACACCAUCUACGCAGCUAGCGUGCUCGCCGCGAACUCGAUUAUCCGAUCCUGUUUCGGCGCGGGGUUCCCGCUCUUCACGACAUACAUGUACAACAAUCUCGGCAUUCAUUGGGCGUCGUGCAUCCCUGCUUUCUUGGCUCUGGCGUGUCUGCCCUUCCCAUUUGUCUUUUAUAAGUAUGGCGCGACGGUGCGCAAGAAAUGCAAGUAUUCGGCGGAGUCGGAUGCGUUUGUGCGCAAGUUGGCGGAGAAGAGCUUGACGUCGGGUGAUGGGGAUGAGGAGAAAGUGGCUGAUAAGGAGGGCGAGGCUGUGGUGGACAGAGAGGGUGUGGAUGUUGAGCAUGAGCAGGAACAUGAACAUGACCUGGAGAGAGCGGACACCGUGUCGACGAGUAGCGACGACGACGGACAAUCGCGAGGCACCUACGAGGCGAAUCCGUACGACAUUGACCGCGUGAAUACGCGCAAUUCAGCGAUUACGCAGCGGUCGCGAUCGCGAUCGACGAAGGGGCGGAAGAGAUUUGGGAUCUUUUGAUUUGAACGUUCAGCGAUUGCAUUGUUAUUUAUACUAUACUAGAAUAGCAUUGAUGCGUAUAUAAUAGACAUAAGAAUGGAAAUAUUUA